CGCUUAUGAUAUUUGCUGUUUCGAGGAAAAAAUGGAAUCUUGAUUGUUGCAGAGAGAACAAAAGGUUUUCUGAAAUGGCGCGGACCGUUCUACCUGUUCUUGCAAUUUCGUUCCGUACGAUGUUAUCAGUGUCGACAUGAUUGAUUGGGAGCAAGCGUCAGGGUUCUGAUUGUCACUGAGAAAUGGUUCGCUUGAACCAGGAGGUCCUGGAAAUGUCAUUCUGCCAUCGUCAUCGUCAUGUAAAAUAGAAAUCUGAAGACACGUGGCCUUCGAUUUCGUGGCAGAUCCAACGGUCAAGAUUUCAGGGCUCAGAUGGAGGAGGAUCGCAGAAAAUGUGCAUUGGUGUUGGGCCAGGAAAAUCAUUUCACUGCUUCCCUGCAUCGUUUACACGAUCCAAUCCCAACAAGGUCAUACCAAUUUCGUUUGCUCUCAAUUCACCAUUUUAUCAUCUACUAGAUUCUCAGUUCUCAGUCCUCACAGUUGAAGAUCAUUCCUGUGUCUGCAAAUUUUCAGAUUGCCCGAAAACGCGUUUCCCCCUCCAAACGACCGCACAAAGAAGCAGUUGAGUGGACUGUGAAGUCGCCCCAUAUUUCCGAUCAUCGAUUUAAAGGAACAAUUUGGGCUGCGGUUUUUUUUUUGUUUUUUGUUUAUUUAGAGGGAUGAGUAUAAAUAUCGUUCAGGAUUUCGAUUCGUCUGGUCCAAGAAACAUUAUUGCCUUCCCCCUCAAGAAAAAAGUCCUCAAUGGGAACCAGUCAACUUUCCCUUUAAUACAUACAUACAGAGGUUAGUUUUUCGUUGUGUUUUUGUGAAAAAGUUCGGAUUUCAAGUACCAAUCAGAAAUUGGUGGAUAAAGGCAAGAAGACAGAUCAGUGAUGGUUCUUCCUCUAUUGAAACUCGGAACGCUAGCCCUAAAAACCCUGAGUAAACCCAUUGCCGCUAGGCUGAAACAACAGGCCGGAAUCCACCCCAAGUUCAGAAAUUUCAUAGUCAGCAUCGCUCAGGCUAAUCACCGGAUGACAACAACCAUGCAACGGCGCAUAUAUGGUCAUGCAACUGACGUUGAAAUUCGACCUUUAAAUGAGGAAAAAGCUGUUCAAGCUGCAGUAGAUCUCAUGGGGGAGAUCUUUGUCUUCUCUGUGGCAGUAGCUGCACUGAUCUUUGAGGUGCAAAGAAGUGCUCGGUCAGAAGCUAAAAAGGAGGAACUUCGUAGACAAGAAAUGGAGGGAAUGAGGCAACGAGAUGAUGAGAUAGCCAAAGAGUUGGAGCUUAUGAAGCAAAGGCUAGCAGAGAUUGAACAGAUGGCCAGAAGGCGUGGGCUCGCCGGAGUGUUCAAUCUCAGAAAUGCUCCCAUAGAAGAAGCCAAGCCUACAUCUUUUGAUUAAAUCCAAAACCUGAAAUAGUCUACCAAAGAUUAGGCAAUACAUGAUCGACCAUUCUUGUCGUCAGCUUUACUGCUGCCGUGAUUCAGUUGCACUUUUUUUCCCUUUUCCUUGAGAGAAUAAAACUACAAGAUCAAUCUUACAAAAUUUUGGUGAAUCAAUAUGCCCUUAGCACAGGAUUCUUGGCAUGAUUUUGCUUUUAAUCAAUUCAAGAAACUCAUGUAUACUUUGGACAGGUGCUUGGUGAUGAUUGAACACCACACCAAUUUGUCCUUUUUUUUUUUUUUCAAAUUUCAAUGAUGCUGUGAUGUUUCAGACAGGGAAAAGCAACGGAAGGUGCUUCUUAUCCUCUAUCAUCAAAGAUUGUAUUGUAUUGUAUUGCCCAUUGCACAAUUUGUCUCUGCUUUAAAUUCUGUUCUCUCA